AUGGGGUCCCUCCGGGGGUCUCCUCCUCCUCCCCCUGCUCCUUCCCCCCGGCGGGAGGGGGAAUCCGGCUCUUGCAGGUCUGCUGCGGGGGAGGGAUCGCCGGUGUCCUUUGAGGAGGUGGCCGUGUUUUUCACGGUGGAGGAAUGGGCUCUGCUGGAUCCAGGCCGAAGAAAACUCUACCGGGAAGUUAUGGAGGAAAAUUACGAGACCGUGGGCUCUGUGGAGAACUACGUUUCCCAGAACAGAUCCUCAGUGUCCUUUGAGGAGGUAGCUGUGGUCUUCACAGAGGUGGAAUGGGUUCUGCUGGAACCAAGCCAAAGAAAACUCUUCUGGGAAGUUAUGGAGGAAAAUUAUGAGACUGUCUCCUCUCUGGGUCCUCAAAUAGAGUCCUCCGGUGGCCGCCCGGAUGGUCCACUGUGGACUGGGAAGCCUGUAAGUGCGGCUGCCGCCCAAAGCACCACCGCCGCCAAAACCGCCGCCGCCGCUAAAGCCACCGCCGCCAAUACCACUGCCGGUAAGCGCAAAAGGAAGGACGUGGGCGGCUCUCCUAAAAGAAGCAACAGGCGGCCUAAGGACCCAAAGCAUAGCUCAGGUGUCCUGUUGGCUGAUUCUGCCGACCUUCCCUCCACCUCUCGGGCAGUUGAGGCGCCAGACCUCGUCAGCUCACGGCAGCCCCAGGGAUCGUCGGAUGGCAGGAUCAGAGAAGGCCCUUCUCUUCCUGGUCUAAUAACCGCCAGCAGUUUAGAAGGCAAGGUCGUUACAAUCGCCCCUUCCAGCAGAACCAGUUCAGGGGCAAAGGGGACAAGUUCCAGAAAGCUGCCAAACAAUGACGCCAUGGAUGUUCCUGUGGGCGGAAGACUUCAAACUUUCCACUCUCAGUGGGUGGGAUCCCAGAUGGACGCCUGGGUCCUACAAAUUGUACAACACGGCUACUCAGUAGAGUUCCGAACCACCCCACCAGACCGCUUCAUCCCUUCCCCAAUAUCGAUGUCUCAGGCCAAGCAAUUGAGAACUAUGGAGGCCAUCAACCAUCUUAUCACGAUGGGUGCAGUAGAAGCAGUACCCGCAGCAGAACGAUUCACAGGAGUGUACUCCACCUUUUUCACAGUUCCAAAGAAGACCGGGGACUGGAGGGCCAUCCUUGAUCUGAAGUUUUUCAAUUAUCUCAAGGAAGCCUAUUUGCACAUUCCCAUUGCUCUUCAGCAUCGCCGCUUUUUGAGAUUCGCCUAUGGGAAGAAACAUCUGCAGUUCAAGGCCCUUCCUUUCGGUCUUGGUCCUGCCCUGGGCAUGUUCACCAAGGUGCUAGUCACCCUUGUUGCAGAGCUUCGUCGAGAGGCUAUCCAAAUCCAUCUGUAUCUCGACGACCUGCUCAUCUGUGCUCCGUCAGAGGUGACAUCGCGCUCCCACACCAAAAGAGUUGUUCAAUUACUCGAAGACCACGGGUUCAUAGUGAACUUCGCCAAAAGUCAGAUGGUGCCUUCUCAGAGCCUCCAACAUCUGGGCGUAAUCAUAAACACGGCUGUCGACACAAUUUAUCUCCCGGAAGACAAAGUUGUAAAGAUCUCAAGCAGAGCCAUGCAGAUUGCCAAGGCUCGGAAAUCCCUACUCCUGUCACUAGCGAGCCUGCAGGGACUGGUGAUAUCCAGCAUUGUAGCGAGUUAUCAGGAAGAUAAGAUCCGAGGGGGGCACGUUCCAGAAGGGAGGGAGAUGGUGGAGAAUGAAUCUGCAAGGGUGGUCGUGGGAAAAGACGAAGAUCUGCAUGGGGAAGCAAAAUCUGGGAAUCAAGUGGUACCAAGGCGAGAGUGCAAAAGGAAAAGGAAAGCAAAAGAGAAGCAGAGGAAGAAAUUGGGUGGCUGUCAGAGCACAAAACAAAGUGACGUCUCAGCCCAAGAAGAAAUGAAGAAGAGAAAGAUAAGGGAUAAGGGGUCCGUAAAAGAGACAAGGAUCGGCUAUAAAUUUAGUGUUAAAGCAUGUCAGAAUGGUACAGUGUGCGGGAAAACAUAUAAAUGCUUGGAAUGUGGAAAGAGCUUCAGUACACUAACUACAUAUGAAAGGACACAUACAAGAAAGAAGCCAUGUAACAGCCUGGAGUGUGGAAAGUGCUUAUCUCAAAAUGCCAACGUAACUCAGCAUCAAAGGGCUCACACAGGGGAGAAGCCAUAUAAAUGCCUGGAGUGUGGAAAGUGCUUCUCUUGGAGUGGUGGCCUAACUAAACAUCAAAGGGUUCACACAGGGGAGAAGCCGUAUAAAUGCCUGGAGUGUGGAAAGUGCUUCUCUCAUAGCUCCUCCCUAACUAAUCAUCAAAGUGUUCACACAGGGGAGAAGCCAUAUAAAUGCCUGGAGUGUGGAAAGUGCUUCUCUUGGAAUAGUGAACUAACUAAACAUCAAAGGGUUCACACAGGGGAGAAGCCAUAUAAAUGCCUGGAGUGUGGAAAGUGCUUCUCUUGGAGUGGUGGCCUAACUAAACAUCAAAGGGUUCACACAGGGGAGAAGCCGUAUAAAUGCCUGGAGUGUGGAAAGUGCUUCUCUCAUAGCUCCUCCCUAACUAAUCAUCAAAGUGUUCACACAGGGGAGAAGCCAUAUAAAUGCCUGGAGUGUGGAAAGUGCUUCUCUGGGAAUGGCCAUCUAACUCAACAUCAAAGGCUUCACACAGGGGAGAAGCCUUAUAAAUGCCUGGAGUGUGGAAAGUGCUUCUCUCGGAAUGACAACCUAACUAAACAUCAAAGGGUUCACACAGGGGAGAAGCCAUAUAAAUGCCUGGAGUGUGGAAAGUGCUUCUCUCAAAAUGGCCAACUGACUCAGCAUCAAAGGGUUCACACAGGGGAGAAGCCAUAUAAAUGCCUGGAGUGUGGAAAGUGCUUCUCUCAAAAUGGCCAAUUGACUCAGCAUCAAAGGGUUCAUACAGGGGAGAAGCCAUAUAAAUGCCUGGAGUGUGGAAAGUGCUUCUCUCAGAGUAGCGACCUAACUAAACAUCAAAGAGUUCACACAGGGGAGAAGCCAUAUAAAUGCCUGCAGUGUAGAAAGUGCUUCUCUCAGAGUAGUGACCUAACUAACCAUCAAAGGCUUCACACAGGGGAGAAGCCAUAUAAAUGCCUGGAGUGUGGAAAGUGCUUCUCUUGGAGUAGUGUUGUAACUAAACAUCAAAGGCUUCACACAGGGGAGAAGCCAUAUAAAUGCCUGGAGUGUGGAAAGGGCUUCUCUCAGAGUAGCAACCUAACUCAACAUCAAAGGGUUCACAGAGGGGAGAAGCCAUAUAAAUGCCUGGAGUGUGGAAAAUGCUUCUCUCGGAAUAACCAUCUAUCUGAACAUCAAAGGGUUCACACAGGGGAGAAGCCAUAUAAAUGCCUGGAGUGUGGAAAGUGCUUCUCUGGGAAUGGCCAUCUAACUCAUCAUCAGAGGGUUCACACAGGGGAGAAGCCAUAUAAAUGCCUGCAGUGUGGAAAGUGCUUCUCUCAGAAUAGCAUCCUAACUCAACAUCAAAGGGUUCACACAGUGGAGAAGCCAUAUAAAUGCCUGGAGUGUGGAAAGUGCUUCUCUCGGAAUGACCAUGUAUCUGAACAUCAAAGGGUUCACACAGGGGAGAAGUCAUAUAAAUGCCUGGAGUGUGGAAAGUGCUUCUCUGGGAAUGGCCAUCUAACUCGUCAUCAAAGGGUUCACACAGGGGAGAAGCCUUACAAAUGUCUGGAGUGUGGAAAGUGCUUCUCUCGGAAUGACAUCCUAACUAAACAUCAAAGGGUUCACACAGGGGAGAAGCCAUAUAAAUGCCUGGAGUGUGGAAAGUGCUUCUCUCAAAAUGGCCAACUGACUCAGCAUCAAAGGGUUCACACAGGGGAGAAGCCAUAUAAAUGUCUGUAGUGUGGAAAGUGCUUCUUUCAGAAAGGAGAACUAACUCAACAUCAAAGGGUUCACACAGGGGAGAAGCCUUAUAAAUGCCUGGAAUGUGGAAAGUUUUUUAUUUGGAAAAGCUACCUAACUGUACAUCAAAGGGUUCACACAGGGGAGAAGCCGUAUAAAUGCCUGGAGUGUGGAAAGUGCUUCUCUUGGAAUGCACAACUAAGUACACAUCAGAGCAUUCACAGAGAGGAGAAGCCAUAUAAAUGUCUGGAGUGUGGAAAGUGCUUCUCUAAGAAUAUCAACCUAACUCAACAUCAAAGGGUUCACACAGUGGACAAGCCA